AUGCCACGCUGCUGGCUGUUCAGGCGGAGGCGGCUCUGGCCCGCGCACCGCCUGCAGCGGCGGAUUUGUCCGUGGCCGGCGUCGCGGUGGCUUUCGACACUCUCGCAACUGCCACUUCGGUGUUGCAGCAGCGUGGAGGCAGCGCCGGAGGCGGCGGCGACGCCGCGGUGCUCGUCGAGCAGCUUCGGGCGCUGGUCGCCGCGGCGGUGCAUGGGGCCGCUGCGGAGGCUCAUGCCGCUGGCGCGGCGGGGCCAGGGAGGUGCCGCCGCCUCCGUGCCUGCCGCAGCCGCCGGCAUCGCUGCCCCCCCACGCGCUGGUGCCCCCGCAGGUCCUGGUGCUCCGCCGCCGCCGGGAGGCGGCGAUGCUGGCGGCGCGGGGGCCACUGCUGGCGUUGCGCCGCCAGGGGGCGCAGCUGGCGGUGCUGCGCAGCGCGGGGACGCGCCCAGGUCGUGGCGCGAGGUGGCAAGCACCCACCACGCUGCGGAGGCCAGGCGGCAGGUCACGUUCUGGCAACGCGCGGACCGCCAGCGGCCUACCUCCAGGCGGGGCCGCUCGCGGAGCGCCGAGCGGGGCGGAGCGGCCGGCGCUUGA